AUGGAAUGUCGCCGGCUUCUGGCGCAUUUCAAAUUUACGCGGGCUUCCUUAUAUAUUUCUAAUAUCGGACCAUCUUCGCGUGCCUUCUCUUCGAUUUCUAUACAAGAGGAAAAUCGCAGUCCAUGCUACGAUUCUAAAAAAUAUUAUCCUGCCCGUAUUGGAGAGAGAAUCUCCGGGAGAUAUCAUCUCGUUUCCAAGCUUGGAUGGGGCGCGAAUUCUACAGUCUGGCUGGCAAAAGACGUGAAUCGCUGGUUUUGGCAGUCAAACAAAUAUGUGACACUCAAGAUUACAAACUCUGGCAAGGAUGGGCAGAGGUCUGCUGAAGAAGAGGUUGAGAUAUCUAAGCGCAUCUCUCAACGGUCGAACAAUCAUGAAGGCCGAGCAUACAUUCGGCUGGUAAAAGACUCGUUUACCAUCCAAGGACCGCGGGGCGAACACGUUUGUUUAGUGUUUGAACCGUUAAGGGAGCCUCUUUGGCUUCUAGGCAAGCAUCUAGGCUGUGUUGACGUUCCCCCUGCCGUACUCAAGGCCUUUUUGAGGCUAUUGCUGCAAGGUCUUGAUUUCCUUCAUUCCGAGUAUCAUGUAAUCCAUACGGACCUCAAAUCAGAUAACUUCCUUGUAGGAUUCGAAGACUCUACUGUUCUUGAGAACUAUGUCCGGCAGCAGGAAAGUGAUCCCGCACCGAAAGGGCUAGGAAUGGUCCAGAUUAGCGACUUCAGUGCUGCUGUCUUUGGUGAUGUUGCUACUCCGCAUAAUCAUGAUCUACAGCCUCGACAAUUCUGUGUACCAGAGGUACUUCUGAAGGCAACAUGGUCGUAUAGUGCCGAUAUAUGGAACCUGGGUACCGCGCUAUGGGAGCUUCUUGCAGAUGCUACUCUUUUUGAUGGGAUAGACCCUACGACUAAUCAAUAUUCUCGAGCAGCGCAUUUGGCUCAGAUGAUACGGCUCAUUGGCCCACCGCCUCUUCACGUAUUAGAGAAAUCAGAUGAAAAGAUGCACUUUGAACUGUUCUCGAGCCAAGGGGAAUUCAUACACCCACACCUUAUCCCGUCAGAGGAGUUCAAUCUUUCCAGUCGUACACCGUUUCUACAUGGGAAGGAUAAACGACUAUUUCUUAGCUUUGCCAGGAGAAUGCUUCAGUGAGAUCCAGAGCGACGGUCAACAGCAAAGGAACUCUACAACGAUCCUUGGCUGAGGUUUAAUCCCUAAUGACAGUUACUGCAGACGAUUUAUGCUCUAUAGAUGCGAU